CUAAAGAUACGUACCUGGUUUUGGAAGUGAUAUUUGGGCUGCAGGUUACUGUGUCUUAUUUAUGAAUAUUCACAAAAAGAAAUUGGGGAAGAAUGAAUACUGCAAAUAAAAAAAAAAAAAAACAUUCCGGAACAGAAAUCGACUGCCAUUAACUCUCUUUCUCGGAAGCCCUGCAAGUGGGAGCGAGAGGUGCGCUUUCAGUGUAGAGGUUCGUGUAUGCCUUGCAAACUGGGGCUUCCACGGUAUCUUCGUCUUUCCUAAACACGUAUUGAGAGAGCUAAAAGACAUGGGCGAAGAAAUAUCAUCUGGAAUUAUUGCCUGCGAAGAGUCUUUAAGUUCGGAACCCAGCCAUACACCAGAACUAGAAAACCUGUUCGAUGAUCCUUUAUUACUUGAAGGUGGUUUCUGUUCAGAAGAGGACUCAUCUUUCUUCAAUUAUGGAUCCGAACAUCAGCUUAAUGAAGAUGAUCAAGCUCAAUUACUGGAGGAAAGUUCUCCUAAAGAAAAUUCUGAAGUUACCGAUUCAACGACUGACUAUCUCAGCUCAAACGAAGGUAGAUGUUCCGGUAGAAGGAAGCAAAGACGUUAUAGAACAACAUUCUCUUCAGCACAGCUGGAAGAACUCGAAAGAUCAUUCCACGUCAGCCAUUACCCAGAUGUAUUUUCAAGAGAAGAACUAGCCUCACAAAUAGGACUUACAGAAGCUCGAGUCCAGGUAUGGUUCCAAAAUCGAAGAGCCAAAUGGAGAAAACAGGAAAAAAUGAAUCGCUGCAAACAGAAUGUGUGUGAUGAAGACAUAUUAUCUGCUUUCACUACAGAUCAAGAAGUGAACAGGUAUCAGAGAGAUUUCGGAGAGCAACAAUCUUCGGAUCCUACAGUGAUGUCUUAUGAAAUCAAUCAAACUCAAAUCAGAAUGGAUGACUUAUCUAGUCUUGGAAUCUUUGCUUUAUCAUCAGAUUGGAAUGAAACUACAGACGAUAGAACGACAGAUGUUGUCCAACUAGCACUAGAUGCAGCUGGUGCUUUCCUUUCUCCAACUUCCACAACUCAGAUGGAAACAAAUACGGAAACAAGCGCCGCUUUUGCAAUCACUCAGUCUUGCGUCUUCAAUGGAAAUUCCUCUGCGGACAACAAUCUGCAAAAUGAGGCGGAGAUAAAAGAGGAAGCAACAGGAUGACCAUAAAUAAAGCAGCAGUGUUUUGUACAAACCCGAACAGAAAAAGAAUAAAUUUACUUUAUUGCUAUUUA